AGUGCUGCUUAAAGGUGGACAGCGGCCAGGGUCGCCGCGUCCAGCUCGGUGCCACGCCCCGGCCGGUGCUGCGGAAGCCUCAGCCAUGCUGUUCUGGCACACGCAGCCCGAGCACUACAACCAGCACAACUCUGGCAGCUACUUGCGUGAUGUGCUGGCUCUGCCCAUCUUCAAGCAGGAAGAGCCGCAGCUAUCUCCUGAGAAUGGGGCCCGCUUGCCACCCCUACAGUAUGUGUUGUGUGCCGCCACCUCUCCAGCAGUGAAGCUACAUGAAGAGACCUUGACAUACCUCAAUCAAGGUCAGUCAUAUGAAAUUCGGCUGCUGGAGAAUCGGAAGCUAGGGGACUUCCAAGAUCUGAACACGAAAUAUGUGAAGAGCAUCAUCCGUGUCGUUUUCCAUGACCGCCGACUGCAGUACACAGAGUACCAACAGUUGGAGGGUUGGAGGUGGAGCCGACCUGGGGACCGAAUUCUGGACAUUGAUAUUCCACUGUCUGUUGGUAUCUUGGACCCCAGGGCCAGCCCAACCCAACUGAACGCGGUGGAGUUUUUGUGGGACCCCUCAAAGAGAGCAUCUGCAUUCAUUCAGGUGCACUGUAUCAGCACGGAAUUCACCCCCAGGAAGCAUGGAGGUGAGAAGGGGGUGCCUUUUCGGGUGCAGAUUGACACAUUUAAGCAGAAUGAGAGUGGGGACUACUCAGAGCAUCUACACUCUGCCAGCUGCCAGAUCAAGGUGUUCAAGCCCAAGGGAGCUGAUCGGAAACAGAAGACCGACCGGGAAAAGAUGGAAAAAAGGACAGCCCAGGAGAAGGAGAAAUACCAGCCAUCCUAUGAAACCACCAUCCUUACCGAGUGCUCUCCAUGGCCUGAUGUCCCCUACCAAGCGAACAGCACCCCAUCCCCAAGCUACAAUGGCUCUCCCAACAGCUUUGGCCUCCGUGAAGGUAACAGCUCACCUAAUCACCCAGUGGAGCCCUUACCCCUGGGCAGUGAUCACCUGCUCCCAUCAGCCUCUAUCCAGGAUGCACAGCAGUGGCUGCAUCGAAACCGCUUCUCACAAUUCUGCUGGCUCUUUGCCAGCUUCUCAGGUGCUGACCUCCUGAAGAUGUCCAGAGAUGAUUUGGUCCAGGUCUGUGGCCCUGCAGAUGGGAUUCGGCUCUUCAAUGCCAUCAAAGGCAGGAAUGUGAGGCCAAAGAUGACCAUCUAUGUCUGUCAGGAGCUGGAGCAGAACCAACUGCCCCUGCCACAGAAGCAGGAUGACAGUGGGGACAACAGCCUGUGUGCAUACCAUGCCAUCUUCCUGGAAGAGCUGACUACCCUGGAACUGACUGAGAAGAUUGCCAGCCUGUACAGCAUCCCCCCACAGCACAUCCACCGGGUCUACCGACAGGGUCCCGCUGGCAUCCAUGUGGUGGUAAGCAAUGAGAUGGUUCAGAAUUUCCAAGAUGAGUCUUGUUUUAUCCUCAGCACAUUAAAAGCAGAAAGCAAUGACGGCUACCACAUCGUCCUCAAGUGUGGACUCUGAGCAGCAGCGCCUGCACCUGUCCCCCGCCCCAUGGAUCCCUGGCUGUGGAAGGUGCACCACUGUCAGCUGCUGUCACCUGACAAGCCCAGACUAGGAGGGACUCUGCCCAGUCCAGGAAAGUUCCAGACCACCAUGGUCACAAAGUCUGGUGUACAGAAGAAAGCCUGCAAUUCCCUUCUCCCUUUCUUCUUGGCUUUUAGCUUUUUAACAGUUUCUUGUUCAGUUUCCUGGGCAGAUAGUGGGGAUAUGCAUCUCUUAAACUCUGAGCCCUGCAGUUGGAGUUUCCUUUGAUGUAUUGAUCCUUCCUAUCUCCUCUCUUAUGUUACCCCGAUCCUGCUUCUUCUCGAGACACUGGCUUCAUGGCUAGCUCUGCCAACCUCACAAGGACACCACACACAGCUCUCCUCCUAAUACUGACUUCCCUUCUCAGGACUCUGGUAGCCACACCUUUACUGUUCUUGGAUGACUUGAUAGGACUGGAGCUAUUUAUUUUGUGCCUUCCAUUUCUUUCUCAGUCACCUUGUCUCUGAGGAUCUGCUGCAUUCAAGCCCAGAGUGUCUGCAUUGACAUGGCAGAUGGCACAGUGUACCUAUGUGACCUCUCAUGGCCAUUGUGUGUGUAUUAGUUCCUUUUCUGUUGCUGUGAUAAGAUACUCUGAUAAAGGCAACUUGAUGAAGAAAGGGCUUGUUUUGGCUUAGAGUUUUGUAGGGACAGACUAUUAUGGUGAGGAAGGUGCCAACAGAAAGCUAGUUGAUCUCAUUUUCAUACACAUAGGAAGCACAGAGAGAAAGAGCAAGAGCAGGAAAUGGAACAAGCCUUCAAGGACCACCAACCCCGCGACAUACUUCCUCCAGCAAGACUGCAUUCUCUAAAAGUCCCAUGACCUCAGCAGACAACAUCACCAACUGGGACCACGUGUUCAAAUACAUAAGCCUAUGGGACACAUUUCUCAUUCAAGCCACACAUUUUGCCCAUGUGACCUCUCACAGUUUCUAGUUAGAGAUGCUAUGGACUAGGAGAUGACAUGUGACUUCCUCACCAGGGGAGAGAGGUGAGGACAGAAUGAUUCCUCCUGGACCACUGCUGUGUCGUCUCAUUUCUGUUGAGUCGUCUCAUUUCUGUUGAGUAAAGAGUACUAAGAGGUGAAGAUGCUGUUAUCCAGUGGCCUUGACCGUCCAUUCUAGACAUUUGGGUUGGGGUAUGUCUCAGAUCCCUCUCUGGCAAGUAUGAGGCCCUGGGCACCAUCCUAGUACUACAGCAGGGGGACUUACUGAAUUCUGUUUUUCAGACAACCUCAGCUAACCACUGCUGUUUGCCAAGUGGCCCAGGGGUAGUAUGUUUGUUUGAUUGCUCAUUUAAGAUUCUAUGUUUUCCUAACCAUAGGUGUAUAGAUAGGGUGCUUUGGCUUUGUUGGCAGGGUUGAGUUAUUCACUUUUUUUUUUUUUUGAGACAUGGUUUCUCUGUGUAACCCUGGCUGUCCUGGAACUCACUCAGUAGACCAAGCUGGCCUCGAAAUCUGCCUGCCUCUGCCUCCCAAGUGCUGGGAUUAAAGGCAUGCGCCACCACUGCCUGUCUUGUUCACCUUUCUUAAUUAACUCUGGUGGAAUUUGAGGUUCAGUGGCUAUGGUCGACUUAAUUCAUCUUCAUUAUUCCCACCCAAUGCUUCAACCAACUCUUUCCUAAUUCAAGUUUCCUCAAGCCAUAGUGAGUUAGUUCUGAGCUCAAAGAUUUGCCAAAGAUUUUGGCAAAUAUUAUUUUACAGGCAGAGAAACUACUCUCACAGCAAAGAUGGGCUCUCAGUUCCUUGUCUUUUGGGACAGGUAGGUGGGGUUGGCAGCUUUAUUGAGAUGUUGGCGCUGUGAAUAUAUUGGCACAGGCUUUCUGUGGACAGUUUCAUUUUGGGAAUGUGCCUGGUAGAAUGGCCAGCUCCUAAGGUAACUUUUCACCCGCUGGAGGAACUGCCCUGUGUUUCACGCAGCUACACCUGUUUGUAUUACCACCAGCAAUGGAGGAUGGUUCUAGUUUCUCUGCCUCCUCAUUAACAUUUGCUGUGAUGUCUCAUUCUUGCUUGCCUGCCUGCCUGCCUGUCCUCCCUCCCUCCCUCCCCCUGAGUCCAGCCUGGCCUCAAAGUCACUAAGAGGAAGAGGAUAAUUGAACUUCUGAUCCUCCUGAUUCUGCUUCCUAAGUGCUAAGAACAUAGAAAAGUACCUCCACACCUGAUAUAUGCAGUGCUGGGACAAAACCCAGGGCUUUGUGCUUGCUAGGCAAGAGCUCUCUCUACCAGCUGAGCCACCUCCCUAGUGGUGUCCUGUCUUUUAUUACAAUAUCCUGCUGGUGUCAUGCAUGUCUCUGGCUAAUGAUGUUCAAUGUCUCUUCACACUGAUCGGCCAUAUUUGUAUAUCUUUGGGAAAAUGGUCAGGUCCUUUGCCCAUUUUUAAAUUGGGCUGUCUCUUCAUUGAAUUGUACAAGUUGUUGGUAAAUUCUACGUGCAAAUCCUUCAUCAGUUUUUCUCCAUUCUGCUCCAUUCUGUAGGCUGCCUUUACCCUCUUAGUGGUUGAUGUUCCUUGAGGUGUACAAGUUUCUAAAUUGGUUGUUCUUGGUAGUGUGAACCAGCACUCCCCAUACUCAGCUGAGACUCCCGAGGCUAGCCCAGCCUACACAGUAAGGCCCAGUCUCAGACCAAUCGUCAUCAUUAUUUUAAUGUGUGUGACGCCUGA